GUGCGGCUUUGGGCGUGCUGGAGGCGCACGUGGGGCAGCUGCGGGGCGCGCGCCGCGGGGCUAUGGCUUCCGGGGCGGCGGGGGCUGCCCCUGCAGGGGCCGGCCGGCCGCCUUUGGAGGAGGAGGAGGACGACGAGGAGAUGCCCGAGCUGUCCGAUGGUGAGGAUGCCUGGGAAGAGGAGGAGGAGGAGGGUGUCAUAGAGGGCCCGCAGACUCGCUGCCUCUUCUGCGACAGAUUGUUUAGUUCUGCUGAAGAUGUAUUCUCCCAUUGUAAAAUAGAACAUCAGUUUAAUGUUGGUGAUGUGAUCAGUAAGAACGGACUUGAUUUUUAUGGAUACAUUAAACUAAUAAACUUCGUUAGAUUGAAGAAACCAACUGCAGCAUAUUUGAAUUCACUCAGCGGCCCACUGCCUUGGGAAGGAGAGGAAUACUUGAAACCAGAGCUAGAAGAUGAUCUCCUACUUCAGUAUGAUAUAGAAGAUCUUUGUGAACCUGCAAAUGUUUUGUGUUCUAAUGAGUUAAAUGAUACCACGAUGCUUCUUGAACAACUAAAACAUGCAGAACACAGAGCAAAGCUUGCAGAAGCAGCCUUGAUUAGAGCACAGGAUGAUCUUCAAAAAGUGAAGCAAUUUGCACAGGAUUUUGUGAUGAACGCGGAUGUCAGAAACAGCUCUUCAGCCAACGCCAUUGCAGACCUUCAUGAGGAUGAGGAUGGCGUUUACUUCAGCUCAUAUGGGCAUUAUGGGAUACAUGAGGAGAUGCUGAAGGAUAAAGUGCGUACAGAAAGCUAUCGUGACUUCGUAUAUAAAAACCCACAUCUCUUCAAGGACAAGGUGGUUUUGGAUGUUGGCUGUGGAACUGGAAUACUCUCGAUGUUUGCUGCAAAAGCAGGUGCAAAGCAGGUGAUCGGAGUCGACCAAUCUGAAAUUGUUUAUCAGGCAAUGGACAUCAUUAGGUUAAAUAAACUUGAAAAUAUCAUUACAUUAGUCAAAGGAAGAAUUGAAGAAGUAGACCUGCCUUUGGAAAAAGUGGAUGUAAUUAUAUCUGAGUGGAUGGGUUAUUUCCUUCUCUUUGAGUCUAUGCUGGAUUCUGUCAUUUAUGCAAAGGACAAGUACCUAGCAGAGGGAGGCUCAGUUUAUCCUGACACAUGCACUAUUAGUCUGGUAGCUGUGGGGGAUAUGAAUAAACAUGUGGACAAGCUAGUUUUCUGGGAAGAUGUAUAUGGCUUUGACAUGUCUUGCAUGAAGAAGGUGGUAAUUCCAGAAGCUGUUGUGGAGGUGCUGGAUCCGAAUACAAUUAUAUCUGCAGCCAGUGUCAUUAAGCAUAUCAACUGUAAUACUGCAUCCAUUCCAGAUUUAGACUUCUCUAAAGAAUUCACUCUAACAAUUACGACGAGCACAAGGUGUACGGCAAUUGCUGGUUAUUUUGAUGUAUUUUUUGAGAAGGAUUGUCAUAACAAGGUCUUAUUUUCAACUGGUCCAUUUCAUGCCAAAACACACUGGAAACAAACAGUUUUUCUCCUGGAGAAACCAAUUGCUGUAGAAGCAGGAGAGGACCUGAGAGGAAAGAUAACAGUCUGCAAGAACAGAAAGGAUCCACGGUCCCUCUUUAUAACCCUCUCAGUGAAGGAUGCUAAACAGACCUACAGCCUUCAGUGAAAAUACUGUGUGUGUAACUUUGAGAAAUGUCAGAUUUAAAGGUUUGGUGUAAUUAUUGAUAAAAUUUCUAAAUAUACAAAAAUAGUAAACACUUGGGUUCACAUAUGAGUGUGCGUACAUACCUAAAAAGUCUAUAAUUGAGAGAUUACUAUUUGGAUACUCUUUCAAUAGGAUAUGGAGACUGAUGAUAAAACUGGAUUGAGCUGUGUUCUACAUGGUGUGAGGAAGGAAGGAAAUUUAGGGUUAGAUGAAUCUGCUGGUGGUGAGGGGAUCUGAGUAAAGUCUUCCUCUGUGGAACAAUAAAUUUGAUCUCUACUUUAUGUUAACUGAAUAUUGUUUUAUUCUCUGUCCAGUAUAUCUUACCAUUACAGAGAUCCUUGGACGAUUUCUUAGCAAAAAAAGUUAAAGCUAAAAAGUUCCAAGACAAUUUAAGAGUAGUUGGAAAAUCCCAGUGGAAAUAAACUUUGAAUUUGAACUGCAGGAUUACAGCAGCAAAUACUUUAUUUUUGUAACAUUUUUAUAACUAAAAUGUUGUAUCACAU